AUGUCUUCUUCAGCUGCUCAGAUCGCUCACGCCGCCGUCGAGUACUCCACCUUCGCCUCUCUUCGACUUGGAAGGACGGUUCAGUCUGUUGUUGCUCGCCUAAUCCGGUUCUGGGAUUCACGCAACGUUAAUAAGAACGUCGAGUUUAUGGGGAUUAGGUUGUUACUCCUCGAAGAAAUGGAUUCAGUUAUUCACGCUUUUACCCCUGCGAAUCGGGCAAGUCAUUACCGACCAUCGUUAAAAGCUGGUUGUAUUGUCAGGUUGGAGCGUUUUGAAGUUGCACGGGUUGCCCACAUGUACAAGGUGACGGAGCAUCAGUUCUUGAUCUGUUUCCUUCCAUUUACACGCCUUGGUGAGGUCCACACAGACGCCCCUGUAAUCAAGUCUGAAAGGUUCAUGAUGAGGCGUUAUGACCAACUUCAGGUGCUAGCAAACACCAACCUAGAGCUCCCAGAUGUUGUUGGUGAAAUCCGAUCUGUCCAGGGGUCUGAUCUGAGCAACGAUUCUUCCACCACCAGAGUUGUGGUUCGCUUCUUGAUUGAGCCGAAUGUAACUGUGUACCUAACUUUGUGGGAUGAGGCUGCAUCGACCUUCAGGGGCCUCUUGAAAUCAGGGGAUAAAUCCAAGGCUGUAAUGUUGGUAACCACGGUUAAUCCAAAACUCUUUGGAGGUAAUCUGUAUCUAAUCUCCACGCAAGGAACAAGGUUCUUUUUUGACCCCAAACUCCCAGAAAUAACAGAGUUCCUCAGCAGUGUCGGAGCUGCAUCAUCUCCAGCUUUUACAUGUGUGGACACUCUAGAAGGAAUCAAGAGGAAGGAACAUGUCUCAAUAGGGGAGCUCAACGCAUUUAUCUCCAACUCCGAUGAGCAGUUGGAGAGAAGUGGGACAUCCCUAAGCUGCAGCGGAUGUGUAACAUCUGACGUAACCGGUGUUGUCAGGUUCUGUGUGGAGCUUGCUGUUGAUGAUGGCAAAUACAGCGCCGCAUUUGUUGUUUUCGAUAAGGAAAUGACAAAACUUACAGGAAAGGAGGCCGAUGUUCUUGCCCUGGACGAGGAUCUAAACGGUGAAGGUGAUGAGCUCCCAAGAUGUCUUGAAGAGUUAGCAGGAAAGGAGUUUGAGCACGAUGACAACAUCCUUCCAAACCGUGAAGCUGAAGUAACCUUGGCAGCCUCAUCCUCUGGGCAAUCUGUUUUGGGAAACAGGACUGGUGUGGAAUAUGCUGAAGCGAAUCCACCUGAGGUUGAAGGAGCUCAGAAGAAACGCAAGCUUAGCAGUGAGUAG